AUGGGCCACUUCUUCACAGCCCUCAUACACAAUGAGGACAUUUACUUCGGCGGCGGCGGCCACGCACGCAUCUACUGGUCCGCCUAUGUCCCACCCUACGAUCCUGACCUCGAUGGCUGGGCACGUGGCAGCUAUCCACCGCAAAGCGGGUCGUACAGCAGAAAGGUAAUAGAGAAUUUUGCUAGAGAGAUCGCGAGAUCCGAGGUUGUCGUAUUCUCGAGGCUGACUCAGGAGGAGAGUUUGCGCAAGGAAAUUCUCGAGGCUGAAAGUGAUGCUAGCGUAUAG